UCAUUAGCUCUUCAGUUCUCACGGUCCAGCCAAAUGGUGAUUCUUUUAGGAUAAGGUCCACACAAGACACUGAAUUCAGCCCUCAGGUUCAUUAGUUUUCUUGUUCAUUCUUCGAAAGGUUUUGCUUCUUCCAUUUCUCUAAUGGCUCCUUCUUCUUCUUCUUCUUCUUCUUCUUCUUCUUCCACCCAUCAAUGGAAGUAUGAUGUCUUCCUUAGUUUCAGAGGCGAAGACACCCGUAAAAGCUUCACUGAUCAUCUUCACACGGCGCUUUGUCAAAAAGGAAUCAACACUUUCAUGGAUGACCAACUUAGGAGAGGAGAACAAAUAUCUCCAGCGCUCCUUAACGCCAUUGAAGAAUCGAGGUUUUCCAUCAUCAUUUUCUCUGACAACUAUGCUUCUUCCAGUUGGUGUCUGGACGAGCUAGUAAAGAUACUUGACUGCAUCAAAGUUAUGGGACAUAGAGCACUACCAGUCUUCUAUAACGUGAAUCCCUCUCAUGUAAAAAAACAAACAGGGAGUUUUGCAGAAGCAUUUGCAAAGCAUGAACAAGAAAACAGGGAGAAGAUGGAGAAAGUGGUCAAGUGGAGAGAAGCUUUAACUGAAGUGGCCACAAUUUCUGGAUGGGAUUCACGGGAUAGACAUGAAUCCAAACUUAUUGAGGAAAUUGUUAGAGAUAUUUGGAAUAAAUUGGUUGGCACAUCUCCAAGCUACAUGAAGGGCCUAGUUGGGAUGGAGUCCCACCUAGAGGCCAUGGAUUCCUUAUUAUGUAUUGGAUCACUUGAUGUUCGGAUGGUAGGAAUUUGGGGCAUGGCUGGCGUAGGGAAGACUACCAUUGCUAAAGUUAUUUAUGAGCGAAUCUACACUCAAUUUGAAGGUUGUUGCUUUCUUUCAAAUGUUAGAGAAGAGUCAUACAAACAUGGUCUACCUUAUUUACAAAUGGAACUCCUUUCACAAAUUUUAAAGGAAAGGAAUCCAAAUGCAGGACUUUUUAAUAAAGGAAUCAAUUUUAUGAAGGAUGUGCUCCACUCUAGGAAGGUCCUUAUUAUCCUUGAUGAUGUGGAUCAACGACAACAAUUGGAAGAUUUAGCAGGAGACAAUAAUUGGUUUGGUUCGGGAAGUCGAAUUAUCAUAACAACUAGAGAUCGACAUUUGCUAACUUGUCAAGAAGUGGAUGCAAUAUACGAAGUUAAGGAAUUAGACAAUGAUGAAGCUCUUAAGCUAUUUUGUCUGUAUGCCUUUAGACACAAGCAUGGUACAGAAGAUUUUAGGCAGCUAUGUGGCCAUGCACUAGAUUAUACUAGUGGCCUCCCGUUAGCCCUUAAAGUCUUGGGUUCUUCUCUAUACACAAAAGGCAUACAUGAAUGGAAGAGUGAAUUGGACAAACUCAAACAAUUCCCCAACAAAGAAGUUCAAAAUGUGCUCAAAACAAGUUUUGAAGGGUUAGAUGACAAUGAACAAAAUAUAUUUCUUGAUAUUGCAUUCUUUUAUAAAGGGCAUGAUAAAGAUUUUGUUGGAGACAUACUAGAUAGUUGUGGUUUCUUCUUUGGCAUUGGGAUAAGAAAUCUUGAAGAUAAGUCACUGAUAACUAUUUCGGAGAAUAAGUUGUGCAUGCAUGAUUUAUUACAAGAAAUGGGUUGGGAAAUUGUUAGACAAAAAUCUGAAGUACCUGGCGAGCGUAGCAGGUUAAGAGUUCAUGAGGAUAUCAAUCAUGUACUAACAACAAAUACGGGGACUGAAGCAGUUGAAGGCAUAUUCCUUGAUUUGUCUGCAUCAAAAGAGUUAAACUUUAGUAUUGACGCCUUUGCAAAGAUGAAGAGAUUAAGAUUGCUCAAAAUCUGUAAUGUGCAAAUAGAUAGAAGCUUGGGAUAUUUGUCAGAAAAAGAGUUAAUCGCCUAUACUCAUGAUGUUUGGACAGAGAGGAAUUAUUUGUACACUCAAAAUAAAUUGCACCUAUAUGAAGAUUCCAAAUUUCUAUCCAACAACUUAAGAGAUCUCUAUUGGCAUGGAUACCCUUUGAAGUCCUUUCCAUCAAAUUUUCAUCCAGAGAAGCUUGUUGAGCUAAACAUGUGCUUUAGUCGACUUAAACAACUGUGGGAAGGGAAAAAGGGAUUUGAGAAGUUGAAAUCCAUCAAACUUAGCCACUCUCAACAUCUAACCAAAUCUCCAGACUUCUCUGGAGCGCCAAACCUUAGGAUAUUAAUUCUCAAAGGUUGUACAAGUUUGGUCGAGGUUCACCCAUCUAUUGGAGCUCUCAAGAAGCUUAUUUUCCUGAAUUUAGAAGGCUGCAAAAAACUCAAGAGUUUCUCAAGCAGCAUCCAUAUGGAGUCUCUCCAAAUUCUUACUCUCUCUGGCUGCUCAAAACUGAAGAAGUUUCCAGAGGUCCAAGGGAAUAUGCAACAUCUACCAAAUCUUUCUUUAGAAGGGACUGCUAUAAAAGGAUUGCCCUUGUCCAUUGAAAAUCUCACUGGACUUGCUUUAUUAAAUCUGAAAGAGUGCAAAAGCCUUGAGUCAUUACCCAGAAGCAUUUUUAAGUUGAAGUCCCUGAAAACUCUCAUUCUUUCAAACUGCACAAGACUUAAGAAGCUUCCAGAGAUCCAGGAAAACAUGGAGAGUUUGAUGGAGCUUUUUCUAGAUGGGAGUGGUAUAACAGAACUGCCUUCCUCAAUUGGGUGCCUAAAUGGGCUUGUUUUGUUGAAUCUGAAGAAUUGUAAAAAACUUGCAAGUCUUCCGCAAAGCUUUUGUGAGUUGACAUCUCUUAGGACUCUUACUCUCUGUGGUUGCUCAGAGCUGAAGGAAUUGCCAGAUGACUUGGGGAGCCUACAAUGUUUAGCAGAGCUGAAUGCAGAUGGAAGUGGUAUACAAGAGGUUCCACCCUCUAUUACUCUUUUGACAAACCUUCAAAAAUUAUCAUUAACAGGAUGUAAAGGAGGGGAAUCCAAGUCAAGGAAUAUGGUCUUCUCUUUCCACUCAUCACCAACAGAAGAAUUGCGACUGCCUUCUUUCUCGGGUUUAUACUCCUUGAGAGUGUUAAUUCUACAACGUUGCAACCUAUCGGAAGGAGCAUUGCCCAGUGAUCUUGGGUCCUUACCCUCAUUGGAAAGGUUAGAUCUGAGCAGGAACAGUUUCAUUACCAUACCUGCUAGCCUCAGUGGACUUUCUCGGCUGCGAAGUCUCACAUUAGAAUACUGCAAGAGUCUUCAAUCAUUGCCAAAGCUUCCAUCAAGUGUUGAAAGUUUAAAUGCCCAUAGUUGCACAUCCCUGGAAACCUUCUCAUGUUUAUCAAGUGCAUACACAUCCAAGAAGUUCGGGGAUCUCAGAUUUAAUUUCACUAAUUGCUUUAGGCUAGGAGAGAAUCAAGGCAGUGACAUUGUGGGAGCUAUAUUAGAGGGAAUCCAGCUUAUGUCAUCAAUACCAAAAUUUCUGGUGCCAGAUUGGAGGAUCCCUACUCCAGACAAUGAACAUAAUGCUUUGGUUCCUGGAUGUAGAAUUCCAGAGUGGUUCAGGCAUCAGAGUGUAGGGUGUUCUGUAAAUAUAGAGCUGCCUCCACAUUGGUAUAAUACCAAGUUGAUGGGAUUGGCUUUUUGUGCUGCUCUCAAUUUCAAGGGUGCUAUGGAUGGGUACCCCGGUACAGAACCGUCACCCUUUGGUUUAGUUUGUUAUCUGAAUGAUUGUUAUGUGGAGACUGGCCUGCACUCAUUGUAUACUCCACCUGAAGGAUCCAGAUUUAUUGAGUCAGAUCACACGUUGUUUGAGUAUAAAUCUCUUGCUCGACUAGAGAUCUGCCUCGGUAAUUGGUUCAGAAAGCUAAGCGACAAUGUGGUUGCUUCAUUUGCAUUGACGGGCUCAGAUGGUGAGGUGAAAAAGUGUGGGAUUCGUCUAGUAUACGAGGAAGAUGAGAAAGAUGGCGGAUGCAGCUUUCCUUUCGGCACCACGUGGCCGGGAGAUGGAGAUGGAGAUGACUCUAACUACAAAAAAGGUCUUCUGAUGGACCCUUCGGCUCCUGCAAAAUUGGAUUCCCUCUAUAUGGACCCUUCGGCUCCUCCAAAAUUGGAUUCCCUCUAUCCCCUCCAUCUCCUAUGCUCCCCCUGUAAGCUUCGAAACCUUCUCAUACUCUUGAAGCCUUUGGCAAUCAAACAUUGGAUUUUGGAAAUAUUUUAUUGUCCACACAAGACACUGAAUUCAGCCCUCAGGUUCAUUAGUUUUCUUGUUCAUUCUUCGAAAGGUUUUGCUUCUUUCAUUUCUCUAAUGGCUCCUUCUUCUUCUUCUUCUUCUUCUACUUCUUCUUCUUCUUCUUCCACCCAUCAAUGGAAGUAUGAUGUCUUCCUUAGUUUCAGAGGCGAAGACACCCGUAAAAGCUUCACUGAUCAUCUUCACACGGCGCUUUGUCAAAAAGGAAUCAACACUUUCAUGGAUGACCAACUUCGGAGAGGAGAACAAAUAUCUCCAGCGCUCCUUAACGCCAUUGAAGAAUCGAGGUUUUCCAUCAUCAUUUUCUCUGACAACUAUGCUUCUUCCAGUUGGUGUCUGGACGAGCUAGUAAAGAUACUUGACUGCAUCAAAGUUAUGGGACAUACAGCACUACCAGUCUUCUAUAACGUGAAUCCCUCUCAUGUAAAAAAACAAACAGGGAGUUUUGCAGAAGCAUUUGCAAAGCAUGAACAAGAAAACAGGGAGAAGAUGGAGAAAGUGGUCAAGUGGAGAGAAGCUUUAACUGAAGUGGCCACAAUUUCUGGAUGGGAUUCACGGGAUAGGCAUGAAUCCAAACUUAUUGAGGAAAUUGUUAGAGAUAUUUGGAAUAAAUUGGUUGGCACAUCUCCAAGCUACAUGAAGGGCCUAGUUGGGAUGGAGUCCCGCCUAAAGGCCAUGGAUUCCUUAUUAUGUAUUGGAUCACUUGAUGUUCGGAUGGUAGGAAUUUGGGGCAUGGCUGGCAUAGGGAAGACUACCAUUGCUAAAGUUAUUUAUGAGCGAAUCUACACUCAAUUUGAAGGUUGUUGCUUUCUUUCAAAUGUUAGAGAAGAGUCAUACAAACAUGGUCUACCUUAUUUACAAAUGGAACUCCUUUCACAAAUUUUAAAGGAAAGGAAUCCAAAUGCAGGACUUUUUAAUAAAGGAAUCAAUUUUAUGAAGGAUGUGCUCCACUCUAGGAAGGUCCUUAUUAUCCUUGAUGAUGUGGAUCAACGACAACAGUUGGAAGAUUUAGCAGGAGACAAUAAUUGGUUUGGUUCGGGAAGUCGAAUUAUCAUAACAACUAGAGAUCGACAUUUGCUAACUUGUCAAGAAGUGGAUGCAAUAUACGAAGUUAAGGAAUUAGACAAUGAUGAAGCUCUUAAGCUAUUUUGUCUGUAUGCCUUUAGACAUAAGCAUGGUACAGAAGAUUUUAGGCAGCUAUGUGGCCAUGCACUAGAUUAUACUAGUGGCCUCCCGUUAGCCCUUAAAGUCUUGGGUUCUUCUCUAUACACAAAAGGCAUACGUGAAUGGAAGAGUGAAUUGGACAAACUCAAACAAUUCCCCAACAAAGAAGUUCAAAAUGUGCUCAAAAUAAGUUUUGAAGGGUUAGAUGACAAUGAACAAAAUAUCUUUCUUGAUAUUGCAUUCUUUUAUAAAGGGCAUGAUAAAGAUUUUGUUGGAGACAUACUAGAUAGUUGUGGUUUCUUCUUUGGCAUUGGGAUAAGAAAUCUUGAAGAUAAGUCACUGAUAACUAUUUUGGAGAAUAAGUUGUGCAUGCAUGAUUUAUUACAAGAAAUGGGUUGGGAAAUUGUUAGACAAAAAUCUGAUGUACCUGGCGAGCGUAGCAGGUUAAGAGUUCAUGAGGAUAUUAAUCAUGUACUAACAACAAAUACGGGGACUGAAGCAGUUGAAGGCAUAUUCCUUGAUUUGUCUGCAUCAAAAGAGUUAAACUUUAGUAUUGACGCCUUUACAAAGAUGAAGAGAUUAAGAUUGCUCAUAAUCUGUAAUGUGCAAAUAGAUAGAAGCUUGGGAUAUUUGUCAAAAAAAGAGUUAAUUGCCUAUACUCAUGAUGUUUGGAUAGAGAGGAAUUAUUUGUACACUCAAAAUAAAUUGCACCUAUAUGAAGAUUCCAAAUUUCUAUCCAACAACUUAAGAGAUCUCUAUUGGCAUGGAUACCCUUUGAAGUCCUUUCCAUCAAAUUUUCAUCCAGAGAAGCUUGUUGAGCUAAACAUGUGCUUUAGUAGACUUAAACAACUGUGGGAAGGAAAAAAGGGAUUUGAGAAGUUGAAAUCCAUCAAACUUAGCCACUCUCAACAUCUAACCAAAAUACCAGACUUCUCUGGAGUGCCAAACCUUAGGAGACUAAUUCUCAAAGGUUGUACAAGUUUGGUCGAGGUUCACCCAUCUAUUGGAGCUCUCAAGAAGCUUAUUUUCCUGAAUUUAGAAGGCUGCAAAAAACUCAAGAGUUUCUCAAGCAGCAUCCAUAUGGAGUCCCUUCAAAUUCUUACUCUCUCUGGCUGCUCAAAACUGAAGAAGUUUCCAGAGGUCCAAGGGAAUAUGGAACAUCUACCAAAUCUUUCUUUAGAAGGGACUGCUAUAAAAGGAUUGCCCUUGUCCAUUGAAAAUCUCACUGGACUUGCUUUGUUAAAUCUGAAAGAGUGCAAAAGCCUUGAGUCACUACCCAGAAGCAUUUUUAAGUUGAAGUCCCUGAAAACUCUCAUUCUUUCAAACUGCACAAGACUCAAGAAGCUUCCAGAGAUUCAGGAAAACAUGGAGAGUUUGAUGGAGCUUUUUCUAGAUGGGAGUGGUAUAAUAGAACUGCCUUCCUCAAUUGGGUGUCUAAAUGGGCUUGUAUUUUUUAAUCUGAAGAAUUGUAAAAAACUUGCAAGUCUUCCGCAAAGCUUUUGUGAGUUGACAUCUCUUAGGACUCUUACUCUCUGUGGUUGCUCAGAGCUGAAGGAAUUGCCAGAUGACUUGGGGAGCCUACAAUGUUUAGCAGAGCUGAAUGCAGAUGGAAGUGGUAUACAAGAGGUUCCACCCUCUAUUACUCUUUUGACAAACCUUCAAAUAUUAUCAUUAGCAGGAUGUAAGGGAGGGGAAUCCAAGUCAAGGAAUAUGAUCUUCUCUUUCCACUCAUCACCAACAGAAGAAUUGCGACUGCCUUCUUUCUCGGGUUUAUACUCCUUGAGAGUGUUAAUUCUACAACGUUGCAACCUAUCGGAAGGAGCAUUGCCCAGUGAUCUUGGGUCCAUACCCUCAUUGGAAAGGUUAGAUCUGAGCAGGAACAGUUUCAUUACCAUACCUGCUAGCCUCAGUGGACUUUCUCGGCUGCGAAGUCUCACAUUAGAAUACUGCAAGAGUCUUCAAUCAUUGCCAGAGCUUCCAUCAAGUGUUGAAAGUUUAAAUGCCCAUAGUUGCACAUCCCUGGAAACCUUCACAUGUUCAUCAAGUGCAUACACAUCCAAGAAGUUCGGGGAUCUCAGAUUUAAUUUCACUAAUUGCUUUAGACUAGGAGAGAAUCAAGGCAGUGACAUUGUGGGAGCUAUAUUAGAGGGAAUCCAGCUUAUGUCAUCAAUACCAAAAUUUCUGUUGCCAGAUCGGGGGAUCCCUACUCCACACAAUGAAUAUAAUGCUUUGGUUCCUGGAAGUAGAAUUCCAGAGUGGUUCAGGCAUCAGAGUGUAGGGUGUUCUGUAAAUAUAGAACUGCCUCAACAUUGGUAUAAUACCAAGUUGAUGGGAUUGGCUUUUUGUGCUGCUCUCAAUUUCAAGGGUGCUAUGGAUGGGUACUCCGGUACAGAACCGUCAUCCUUUGGUUUAGUUUGUUAUCUGAAUGAUUGUUUUGUGGAGACUGGCCUGCACUCAUUGUAUACUCCACCUGAAGGAUCCAAAUUUAUUGAGUCAGAUCACACGUUGUUUGAGUAUAUAUCUCUUGCUCGACUAGAGAUCUGCCUCGGUAAUUGGUUCAGAAAGCUAAGCGACAAUGUGGUUGCUUCAUUUGCAUUGACGGGCUCAGAUGGUGAGGUGAAAAAGUGUGGGAUUCGUCUAGUAUACGAGGAAGACGAGAAAGAUGGCGGAUGCAGCUUUCCUUUCGGCACCACGUGGCCGGGAGAUGGAGAUGGAGAUGACUCUAACUACAAAAAAGGUCUUCUGAUGGACCCUUCAGCUCCUCCAAAAUUGGAUUCCCUCUAUACGGACCCUUCGGCUCCUCCAAAAUUGGAUUCCCUCUAUCCCCUCCAUCUCCUAUGCUCCCCCUGUAAGCUUCGAAACCUUCUCAUACUCUUGAAGCCUUUGGCAAUCAAACAUUGGAUUUUGGAAAUAUUUUAUUGA